AUGGCAUCCGGGUUGGAAGACGUGAAGGAGGCCCUGAAGGCCAUCUCGCUGGGUCAGGCAAAGUUGCUGUCGGCGGUUGAGACCCUCUCACAGCGCGUCGCGGAGCUGGAGAAGGAGGAAGACCGUCGACGUCCGGGCAGCUCCGGGACUGAUGGUCUAAAACGAACCGAGACGCCCCUUGCUGGCGGGUACACCCCGUCACCCUCAGCCGUGCUGCCAGCCGAAGCCGGCACUCAGUCGCCUCCCCCCAUGGCGGCGUCUCCGGACUUCAAGUCCAGCUUCUCAUCCCGUGUCGUUCUGACCACCUAUCCCAAGCAGCUCGGCAUCAGGCCGUUGCCGUUGGAGUGGGGUGCCGCGGAUCCGUUGCAGCGCGGCCCGGUGACCGUGUCCCGCUCCCCGUCCACCAUCGGGAGGCGCAAUGCCAUCGGUGCCCACGGCGGCUCGUACUCCAUCUACUAUGCCCUGGCCCUGGCCAGCAGGGAACUCAGGGCCGAUCACAGGCCGGACUACACCAAUACAGAGCCAGCCGUAAACAUUGGGCCCUUUCCGCAGUGGGGUGACAAGAAGAAGAUUGUGGCCAUGGACCCGUGGGGCCAUAUGGUGCCCUGGCUAUUCAAGGAUAUCAUUGAGAAGGAAAACGUGGAUCUGCGACCGACUAUUGCCAUCACCAAGGCGCACAUGAAGUUGCCCGAACUGGAAGAGAGCGUGAAGAACGGCCGCCUGGUUCCUGACGGGAAGGUGUGCCUCAACGCAUCAGGCGAGCUCAGCGUGACCAAGUUCGCUGUUGAGCCGGUUUGGUAUCUUCCCGGCGUCGCCGAACGGUUCGGAAUCGACGAGGGCACCCUUCGAAGAUCGCUCUUUGAGCACACCGGUGGCAUGUAUCCAGAGUUGAUAACCCGCUCCGAUAUCAAGGUCUUCCUGCCACCUAUUGGUGGCCUGACGGUUUACUGCUUCGGAGAUCCGGCGAGAAUGUCCGAUCCUUCCAAGAGGCUUGCGUUGCGGAUCCACGAUGAGUGCAAUGGCAGCGAUGUUUUCUGCUCGGAUAUCUGUACAUGCAGGCCGUACCUCAUCUUCGGCAUUGAGGAAGCCGUCAAGGAAGCCCAAAACGGCGGCAGUGGUGUGGUGAUCUACUUCCGGAAGGAAGGCAGGGCCUUGGGCGAAGUAACAAAGCGCGGGGAAGAUCGCGCGUCGGAUUACUUCAAGCGGACCGAAAACAUCGCGGGAGUCAAGGACAUGCGAUUCCAGGCGUUGAUGCCCGAUAUCCUCCACUGGCUCGGCAUCACCAAGAUUGAUAGAAUGCUCAGCAUGAGCAACAUGAAACAUGAUGCCAUCGUGGGGCAAGGCAUCCCCAUCCACGAGCGAGUCGAACUCCCUGAGUCGUGGAUUCCCGCUGACUCGCGGGUUGAGAUUGAUGCCAAGAUCAACGCCGGAUACUUCACGACUGGCCAUCGAAUGACCGAGGAAGAGCUCAAGACGGUGCAAGGCCGGAUAUGGGAGGAGUAA